UCCAAAGCUUUCAAGGAUCAAAAGAAAAGGAAAGACCACUUUCACACAAUUUCUCUAUUUAAUUUGCUAAGCAAUAUCCAAAUACAGUAGUGGCAGAUGAAGUACACCUGAUGAGAUCUUCACUUUCACCCUCAAAAUAAAUUUAAAAAAACUUCAACAUGAAGCUAUUUUUGGAUCAUCAGUUUCUCUCUCUCCCUCAACUCUGAAUUUGUUUGAAGAAGACCAUUAUAAUACAUAAAGAAAAAGCUUCAACAUGGAAGGAAAUUACUACCUGAACAGAAACACAAGAGAUCAUGAUCAUCAUCAUCAUAACUUGGGAUUUGAGGAGCAUUCAUGGGGAACAUCAUGGCCAGCAAGAAACUAUUCUUGUAGUUUUUGCAAAAGAGAGUUUAGGUCAGCUCAAGCUUUAGGUGGACAUAUGAAUGUCCAUAGAAGAGAUAGGGCAAGAUUAAGAUCAUCAUUAAUAUCUUCUUGGGUUAAUUCUGAUCAAUGCCCUAAUAAUAAUAAACCAAACCCUACCCCUAGCUCAACUACUCCUUGUUCUUCUCCACUUUAUCUCUCUUUAUCUUCUCCACCUUCACCUUCCUUACCUCAUACUAUCCAUGAUGAUAAGAAACCAAGAUUAACACCUUCUCUAUCUCUUCCUCUUUUAAAUCCUCAAAGAAGUGAAAUCAUGAUGAGUAAGAGCAUCAAGAGCUAUGAAGAGGUGAAGAAACACAAUGUUUUGAUGAAUAAUGAGCAAAACAUUACAUUGGAGUUAGGAAUAGGGUUGUUUAAACACCAAGAGGAAAAGUUAGAUUUGGAGCUUCAUCUCUAGCUAGUUAUGUAACAAUCAAGGUGCAAUUUAUCAAACAAAUUUAUAUAUAUAGUUCAGUGACUAGCUAGUACUGCAAAUGAUGUGCAACUUCAGAUAUAUUUGUUUUAACUUUCUUGCAUUUUAAUUAGGACUUUUUGUAUUAUUAUGCAUUUCAAGGACCUUAUUGUUUAGUAUUUCUUUUGUAAUUUGUUGUUUAAG